GGUGCCUGUCAGAGAGGCUGGCGGCAGUGGCGGCUGUCCGGGCUGGGUUGUCAGUCAGAGAGAGGAGGGAAGAUGGCUCGCCCGGACUCGUGCUGCUAGAAGGAGAGGGGCAGGUGGCGCGGCUGCCGGCGGAGCGCAGUCGCCCGGUCGCCGUGGUCGCCGUGGUCACCGUGGUCGUGGGGGGAGGCCGCGGUGGGUCCGGAGCUGCUCUGGUUGAAGGUUUGAAACAAAUGUGGAAAGAUGUUCACUUCAGAGAUAGGGGUUGUGGAAGAAUGGCUGUCAGAAUUUAAGACACUCCCAGAAACAUCUUUGCCAAAUUAUGCCACAAAUUUGAAAGACAAGAGUUCUUUAGUUUCAUCUCUCUAUAAAGUUAUCCAGGAGCCACAGGGUGAGUUACUAGAGCCCGUGUGUCACCAGCUCUUUGAGUUCUACCGCAGUGGGGAGGAGCAGCUGCUGCGCUUCACUCUGCAGUUCCUCCCAGAGCUGAUGUGGUGCUACCUCGCUCUGUCAGCCAGCAGGAAUGUGCACAGAAGCGGCUGCAUUGAGGCCCUCCUCCUAGGGGUUUACAACCUGGAAAUAGUUGACAAACACGGACAUAGUAAAGUAUUGAGUUUUACAAUUCCAUCUUUAUCCAAACCAUCUGUAUAUCAUGAACCUUCCAGCAUUGGGUCUAUGGCGCUGACGGAGAGUGCGCUGUCCCAGCAUGGCUUAUCAAAAGUCGUGUACAGUGGACCCCAUCCUCAACGGGAGAUGUUGACAGCUCAGAACAGGUUUGAAGUGUUGACAUUCCUUCUGUUGUGUUACAAUGCUGCCUUAACCUACAUGCCCAGUGUCUCUCUUCAGUCACUGUGUCAGAUUUGUUCAAGAAUAUGUGUCUGUGGAUAUCCCCGACAACAUGUAAGAAAAUACAAAGGCGUGAGCAGCAGAAUACCGAUUUCAUCUGGCUUCAUGGUGCAGAUGCUAACAGGAGUGUAUUUUGCCAUAUACAAUGGAGAAUGGGAUCUAGCUCAGAAAGCAUUGGAUGAUAUUAUAUACAGAGCCCAGCUAGAAUUGUAUCCAGAGCCUCUGCUGGUUGCUAAUGCAAUAAAGGCUUCAUUGCCUCAUGGUGCCAUGAAAUCUAGUAAGGAAGGUACGAGGUGUAUUCAGGUGGAAAUCACACCAACCUCCUCUAGAAUAUCAAGAAAUGCAGUUACCAGUAUGUCAAUAAGAGGUCACAGGUGGAAAAGACAUGGAGAUACAGAAUUAACAGGUCAAGAAGAACUGAUGGACAUAACUGAAGUUGACGAGGGAUUUUAUUCCAGGGCGGCGUCUAGCACCAGCCAGUCGGGGCUAUCAAACAGUAGUCACAAUUGUAGUAACAAGACAAGUGUAGGAAGGAACCAGAGACGGUCGGGAGGAAGCAGAGCUGGAGCAAAGGAGAGAGAAAUGGCAGGGGAGACUUGCAGAGACCACUUUGCUCGCAAACAAACCCAGAGAGCCCAGAGUGAGAACCUUGAGCUUCUCUCUCUGAAGAGACUUACCCUAACCUCCAGCCAGUCCCUGCCCAAGCCCAGCAGCCAAGGCUUGGCUAAGACUGCGGCCACUGUAUUUAGUAAAUCCUUUGAACAAGUCAGUGGUGUCCCAGUCCCACGUAGCCCUUCUCCUGCCAUUGGCUCUGUUGCUGGAGCAGAUGCCCAUAGAUUUUCUGCUUGUAGUCUCCAAGAAGAAAAGCUUAUUUAUGUGUCAGAAAGGACUGAACUUGCAGUGAAGUGUCAAGCCGGCCAGCAGGGACCUCCUAGUAUUAGCAUCACUCUGUCUGCAGAGUAAGGUGUCACUCACUUCUCUCCUGUAGCCAGUGAAGCUGAAAAGAUGGCUUUGCUCCCUUAUGAAAGCACUGAGUUCUUCAUGCCUGGUCCUGGCAGGAGCCUGGGGUCUUGAAUUCUGAAGGCUCCCCUUUGACUAUGAAGGGAAUAAUGUCUAUUUUGCAGUAAGCUGAGGUGUGGUCUUGUUAUUUCUUGGGAACUCUUUUCCCCUUGGUUUAAGUUCUUUAUUCUUGUAUUCUCCUUUCCUGUUACUUGUUAUUGUUGGUUACGUCCUCAGUGAGGUUAUCUUUAAUACUUUGUUUUUUAGUGGUUGUGUAUUUGCCCUGGGAAGUCAGAGAGAGUCUCUGUGAGAGGACUGGGCUGUAGAGCCCAGGGGGAGGAGUGAGUCCAUGAAGCCAUGCUGCCCGACAGGCGUGUGAGAAAACAGCCUCACGUGAGAGCAGUGGGGAUGCACGUGCUGUGACCACAUCAUGCUUAGGAUGGGACAGUGUACUCCACUCCGAAAGUUGCCUGGCAGGACAGUUGCGAGGGGAAGCUGGGAGAAUUUCUGUUGCAGUCCUUAGAGAGCUGUUGCUGGUGGAUGACAUUCUGAAGUGUGUGAUCUGGAUUGCAGGGGUGAAAGUCCCUUUCGGUUUCUAAAGUGUGACGAGCCAUAGAGCUGAUGGACCGUGCUGCUUUGAAAAUCCUACUUAGUUUAUAUUUUAGUGGUCGGAGCACACAUCAUAGAAGACUUCCUGAAAACCCCUGUAAGUCUUGUAGCACAGCUCCCGAGAUACCAGAAUGAAGCAUUUAUUUAAUAGUGAAUUGUCUGUGAAUGAAGGAAACUAGUUCAUUUUUCAUCCACAAAAUGUGGUGAAAGAAAACACAGUAGGUGUGGGCAGAGGACAUUUGUGCUUACCGGUGGCUUGUGUUUGUUCUUGAAUUUAAUAUAAGAAAGAGUGCACUUCUUGUUUGUGAGUUUUAAGUGUUCUUGUUAUGAUGUAGAAAGAACUCAGCUACCACCCUACUCCUGCCAGCCAAGCACUAAGAAAUGUGGUAAGGCGGAAGCAAGCUAAACUCUGCGUCCUCUAGGUGGACGCCCAGGCUUGGUGCCUGUGGUCUGCUCGGUUGGCUGACGCUCCCGUGAGGUGCAUGUGCUGUGGUGCUACACUGGGGCACGGCACGAGAGGAGCAGGGUCAGUGGUGAGGCCUGGGACACCGUCUACUUCUCGGCUUUCCUGACUUAGCACACUGAGGCCUUCUUACCCAUGGUCCCCUGUUGUGCUCACAGAACAUGCUAGUGUUCCCCUCUUGAACCACAUGGGUCCAGCUCAUGUCGAUGAGAAAACUGCAUGUGUUGCAGAGUGCAAAGCAUUUUACACUUGAGGUACAUUUUUAAAUGCUUACCUCCUAGUUUAAACCUGAUUAUCCAAGACCUAUGCUUUUUAGCAUAAAUGAGCUUAACAUUUUAGUUUCAGUAACAGAGCGAACUGCUGGCUUAAAUUGUCCUCAUCAAUUUUAAGGUAACUAGACAGUAAAAUUGAUAAUUGGAAUAAUUGAAUAGUAAUCUUGUAUACAGUUGAAGUGUUUGUAAAAUGUCACUGUGAAUUUCCUGUUGUCUUAUUGUAAUUCCUUAAGAACUUUUCUUAAACAUAGUUACUAACAGUGUUUAUAUUAUUAAGAAGAAAUUUAAAGAUUGUCAUUAGGCAAGUUGAAGUGCUUGCUUAAGCAUAGAGUAAGUUUAAAGAAACAUUAGCUGGCACAAACAAGAGAUCAGAAUAAUGUUCAGCCACCAUAAUGAAACCUCAUUUUUAUAUUGUUGUAGACAUUUGCUACUUGUGUGGUCCAAAGACCACUGGUGUCACCUGGUAUCUUAAUAAAACUUCAAAAUUUGGGGGACAGACUUGGUAAAUCAGAGCUGGCAUUGUAACAAGGUCCCUAGGGAUGCUCGUAUCCAUCCGGCUAUGUGAAGUCAGUUUCAGAGUGCUAACUACUGGUCUAAUGUAGGGUCCUCAGUGGUCUCACAGCCCUCAAGCACGGGUAUUAGGUUCUAGAUCAUCAUAAUUGUCAUAGUUUUUGAUAACCAUGUAACUUUUUAAAUAACAUUGACUUGUGACUUCUUAGAGACUCUCAUUUUAAAUUCCCACUUCUCACUUGUUCCUGUAAUAAAAAUGUAGCAUCUUUUGCUUCUCUUGGUCAUAAAUAAACCUAGCGCUGCAGAUGCUACAGGUUUUAAGCAGGAAAGCCCCUCUUUGUUCUUGAACUGUUAUAUGAGACAGAACAGAGCACAUAUGUCCUUCCUCUUACAAAAUCUAUAACAGCUUACACAGUGGAAUGAGUCUGAAGUUUGCUCCAAAUGAUUUACAUCAAUUGAUUUUAUGGAGUGUGGAGUCACAUGAACAGUAAAGUUCUUUUAUACUACUUUUGAUACUAUUUCAAGUAAGGAUUGUGUACAUCAGAGGCUUUCAUACCAGCUGCCAAAGCCGGAUGCUGUCACCUGUGGCAACAGCUGUUCUAGUCACUUUCCUACUCAUCUUUCAAAGGUGAGAAGCUGUGUGGCUUGGUAGGCAUUUUUCUAUUAAGAUGCUAACAGUAUAGGCAUCUCAUGGACCCAGGGGAAUAGCUUUCACCAAGAGGAUUCCUCAUAGAACUGGGGUCUGGCACCCUAUAGUUAGCUCUAGAUAGGGGGCUUUGGAUUGACUCAACCCUUGCACUCCUGUGACACUGUGCCUGGCAUGAACCUCGGCAAUCCAAGUGAAGAGAGAACAGAGUAGACUUUCCCAAGGAUCCAGCUGCUCGGGUGCUACCCUUUCACUUCCUGGAGCCUCAGGAAAGCAUCUUGGAAUGGCCGGGACACUGCCUGAACCCUUUAAGUCCAUCUCUGUAGCAUGGAAGAGCAGGAAUUCCAGAAUGAUUGGUUUGUUUUGAAAAGGUAGUCUUUCAUUGUCCUUUCAAUUGUAAAGCAACAACUCUGCAAAUGUCACUCAGUUGUUUAAAAAAAAGGGGGGGAGGUAUGUCUUUAAAUCAAAAUAUAUUUUUUUUAAAGAUCCCAGUUUAAAGGGAUUUUUGCCUGUUUUGAACUAUCAUAGUUAAAAUGUUGAAUGGUAAAUUGUGGAGGAAAAUAUAUUCUCUAAAACAUGAUUUUAAGCAGAGUUCGAGUUAGGCAGCUCGAUGUUUACAUCUGCGGGCACAUUAAACCUCCGUACAGGAGAACACGCUGAGGAAGCCUGUGCUGAGCAUUGGAACUGAGGGACACGAAAGCACACAGUGUUGGCACUAAGCACUGUAGAUAGAAAUUAAUGUAUGAUAGUGUCUUCCCAACCCCUGAGUGAAAGGCUGAAACCCCAGUCCUUUGGUGAGCAUGAGUUUACACUUGCACGCUUGCUGCUGAGUGCUGGAACAUUGGGUAAUGGAGAUGUGUGCUUUUUAAUACUGCUCGUCUUCACAGAGAACACUCAUGGGCUGCCGUCUGUACUUUGUAACUUGCACAUAUCCAAAAAGACUGAGCGUGAACAAUUUGAAGAUGUUUUGUAGUUUUGAAGAAGUGUGCUAGUGGACAUGAGCCUCAAUUGUGUUUUCUGGGCUCCAAGCUGUCUGUCUUGUUGGAACUGGCCAUCUGCCUCUGGCCUUUCCUUCUGAUCAUGUGAUGCUAAACUCUUCUCACAAAUACACUUGUCAUUGUAUGCCUAGCGUUUACAUUCCUAAGAAUAAACCUUGGAUAUCUUUAUGUGCUCUUUACGUUUUUAAAGUAUGAAAUAAACUGGAGUUGAGUUCUUUGAAGUUUUGUACAUUUGUAUAAAUGUUCUCCAUAUGCAGUACUUUAUACAUCAAGUGUUUCCUCUUGUUUUGUUGAAAUAAAAACUAAAA